AUGAUUAUGGUGAAAGAGAACUGCAAAAGAAAAAACUACAACAAAAACAGAGAGAACCUACAAAACAGACUAAGUAAUCGUCUACAACUCCACAUAGCAGCAGGAGAAAAACAAGGCCCACUUGCCAUGAAGAAAACAUACAAAUCAUGGAUCGAAAUAUUUAUUGCAUUCUUUGUCGCCAUCGUCACAAAGCCCAAGGCAGGAGAAAGUUAUAUGCAACAAGUGCUCACACAUCUGUUACAAAAACGGAAUGAGACCACUAAGACUGAUAAACAGUGUGAUGAAGACGAGUACCAACCCCCUCCUAAAGUUACAAGAUCUCUACCAGAUAGAAGUCCGCCGUCAGUCAGGUCUUCAGUUCUGGAGCUGUUACAACAGGCGAGGGAAGAGGUUUUGAGGAAAGAGGGUUCAAGACUGGACUUUGAUGAUCCGUCUAGUCUAGCUGACACUGAUUAUUACAAUCUGACCGGACUUAGCAGGGUACAAUUUGACGACUUGAUGUGCGGGGUACAUAACAUACGGGCAACACAAACUAGGUCCAUCCGCACAUGCAUUGCAAUUCUCCUGAUGAAACUGAAAUCGGGCUUGGACAAUCAGAUGCUAGCUACGCUGUUUAAUAUGACUAAAUUCCAGAUACGAAGAGCCGUGCAUUCCGCUAGACGAGCAUUGAUGAAGGACUUCGUUUCCCGAAAUAUGGGAUUUGCACACAUCACAAGAAAUGAUAUCAUUGACAGUCACACAAGACCACUUGCCCAACAGAUGUUCUCUACUGUAGGAUCAACACCUGCCAUAUUAGUCCUAGAUGGCACGUAUAUUUAUAUACAGAAGAGUGGGAAUUAUACAUUUAGCAGGAGAUCAUACAGUAUGCACAAGCAUCGCCCGCUCUUGAAACCCAUGAUGAUUGUUUCGACAACAGGGUACAUCGUUUCAGUCUUUGGACCCUAUCUUGCAGAUCCCAGAAAUAAUGAUAUGAAAUGA